GCUGAAUUGACUUUGGCUUUUAGCAAUUUGUACUAUUGUGCUGUAAACUAUUAGUAUGGAUUAUAUUGAUCAAGAAAUAUCAAAUCCCAAGAGAACGUGAAUAAUUGAAAAAUUGAACAUUUGCUAAAAUCAUUUCAAACAGCUACAAACAAGUAGCUGAAAAACAAAAAUCAAAAAAAUUUAAUCGAAUUUGUUCGGACCGCUUUGAUAUUGAGACGAUGAUGCAGAAAAAUGGAAUUGGUUUGGAACCACAACGAGGAAGAGAAUCCAAUCGCGCCCCUAAUCUCGACGACGCGCUCUAUGCGUGCUCGACGCGGACGGGAUUUACGAUCUGCCAAGAUUAUGUGCGGAUUCCGUUCUUCGGUGCCGCGUCGGGACGCGGACGGGUUGCGCCGGCACUCGUCCUUUCUGGCAGUGUGGUACCACGUACCAUGUUGGCUUAGAUCGAACACACACACACAUGCUAUUCGCGACCUGCGAAUUCAGGUAGAGCUGCAUUACGUAUUACCUUAUGUUACAGCGUAUCCGGUGGCGCCGCAUCCACCGACCGGCUUUGUCCCCGCGCCGACGCAACCCCCGACUUACGGUGUUGCAGGCGCCGCCCCUUAUGGAGUAUUUCCCAAUCAGCCUCAAUUGUACGCGACGCAAGGCCCACCGCCGCCGACGUAUGAUCAAACUCUUACACAUCCUAUGAUGUAUCAACCAAUGUACGGGCAAGGGUACCCUUUACAAUAUUACCCACCAGGAUAUCCCUUGCAAUAUUAUCCGCCGUUAGCUGCGACAACAGCAUACUAUCCUACUAUGCAACCCGCCCCUGUAAGACCUACCAUUAUGGUACCUAAUGGUUUUGACGGUACCCGGUUCGACGGCAUCUCGCAACCGGUGUUGCCACCACCGCCACCCGGAGUGGCCGCGAAUGCUGCGCAGUUGGCCGCGAUGGCCGGCCAUAGUGUGGCCCUCUCGCAAAAGAAGGGCUCGUUCCUGGGAGGAGGAACGGAGGGCGGUUAUACCUUUUGGUAAACCACCUAAAACCACCUUUCGUAAUACACGCAGAAAACAUACACUCAUGUACACGCCACAUUAACUGUCGGAAGCGCCGUAUUGUUGAAACGACGAGAUUAUGUAGGUAAAUUUCCGUUAGCGUUCUGCUUUUCUCAUCUCUGGCAGUUCCAUCGAUAUCUAUUAGUAUACCGUGUGCGCGGACUGAUCCCACACACAACACACACACACACACAACACACACACACACACACACCGUUAUACACACAUACAAUAAUAUAAAAUACACAUUUUAACAUGAUACUAAGGCAGCAACCGUGAGAGUUCCCACGCGAUUCAUAUACGGCGAUAUUUGCGAUCGAUAAAAGCGAUCCAAUGAUCUCAAGGACAUCGCCGCCGUCUUGGUGAUCGAUCUGCGCCUCUCAUGUACUGUUGAACUGCAGAAAAUCGUCCCGGCCGAGGAAGACUCGGACAUGACGCUCGUCGAACAUCCUCGAAAACUAAUUCCUCGAAAGCUCAUCAUUCUGUAGAGAAGUCGGGAAACAAUGAGAGAGCAUUAUGCGAGUUUGAAGGAUCUGUAAAGAUCCGAAAAUUUCGUGAAAGCCUGAGAUCCGAGAUACCAAGAAUCCACGAUUAUCGACGACUCGAGGAAACGCCCGUUAUUAUAUCAUAGAUCUGAAAAUUUCAAAUUUCUAUGAUCAAAAUUUUCUAAAAUUCGAAAGGCCCCAAAAAACCAGAAUCAAUCAUUACAGUUUGCUCUAAUUAUCGAACCGAAAAAAAUAUAAAUCUCGAGUUUCAUAAAUCUGAGAUUUUAAAAAUCGGAAAACUUGAAAUUUUAAAGAAUAGAAAAUUUCAAAAUAAUCUCAAUUUUGAAGGAUUAGAGCGUUUCCGAGAAUCCAUAGAUCUGCGAACUCAGAGACUCAAAUUGCUAUGAUAUAAGGCAUUAGAACACGUAAAGAUACAAGCUCUAGUUGAAGGAUACAAAGUAGUGACUUAUUUAUGAUCUCGACUUUCCCAGGAUUCAAGGUAUCCAGGAUCUAACUUUAGUGGCUUCUAUUAGUUAAGGUUACAGAGAUUCGAGAAUUUUAGUUAAAUUUUCUUAAAUUUAAUUACACCGAUCAAGCAUUUCCGAUAAGAUAAAAUAUUAAGAUCAUCACAUACAUAUGUAAGUUUCCGAGGAUCUGUGUCUUCGGUAACUCGCGAAUUCGGGAGUUCUACAGUGUCGGAAGACCCGAAGGCUCGAAGCAGUCAAUGUGCGUUUCCUACGAUAAUAGUUAUUGCGAGAAUGUUAUUUUACAAAGGACAAACUUUAGUUAGAUCAACGAAAGGCAGACUGAUGCCACUGACAAGAAACGACAUUGUCGUUGCGCUUAUCAAAACGGAAAGGAAAGGAUCAAGGAUAAGGAGAGACUAAAGAGAGAAGCCCAAUGUCGACAAUUGUAGAAAUUCACGAGACAUAUUGCGUUGAUAUUUAUAUUUAAAUUAUUGUUAUUUAAACAAUUUAUUUGCAGAUCCUCCUUAGAGACAGAAUCAUCGGUGCGAUGUGUUUCAACAAUUUAUUUUAUAUCUCGAGAGAGUGAAAAUAGAAAACAGAGGGAGUGAGGGAGUGUGAGAGAGAGAGAGAGAGAGAGAGAGAGAGAGAGAGAGAGAGAGAGAAAGUGGAAUGAAUUUUAUAUCA